UUUACGAUGUGAUGCAGAACUCAACAAAUGUCACUCUCAAAGAUCUUAACAAAGUUUAUUUUGGACAGACAGACUGCUACACGAAAACCUCGUCCCCCACACGGGGGGACGGCCAAUCGGAUGACCUGGGACCGCCCACUUUGACCGUGUAUACAUCGCGGGAAGGGCCAGUGUAUUUUCGGGAAGGUCCCCCAGGGCUUCUCCGGGGGCCCUGGCAGGCAGCUCCUCCGGGGUUCCUCGGGGGGGCAGCUCCCCCGGGGGGUUUUCGGCAGGCAGCUCCUCCGGGUGUCCUCGGGGGGCGCUCCCCCGGGGUGUCCUCGGCAGCAGCUCCUCCGGGGUUCCUCGGCGGGAGCUCCUCCGCGUGUUCCGGCGGCAGUCCUCCGGCGGUUUUCGGGAGGCAGCUCCUCCGACAAGCCUCGGCAGGCACCCCCCGGCAUACCCGGCAGGCGGGUCCUCCGGGCAAUCCUCGGCAGGCCUCCUCCGGCUGUCCCCCGGAGCCCCGCUCCUCCGGCUUUCCUCGGCAGGCGCUCCCCCGGCAUGUUCGGCAGGCAGCUCCUCCGGCAUGUCCUCGGAGGCAGCUCCCCGGCUGUCCCGGCAGGCACCUCCGGCAUGCCCCCGGGAGGCAGCUCCCCCCGGGAUCUCCCGGCAGGAGCUCCCCGGGAAAUCCCCGCAGGCAGCUCCUCCGGGGGUCCUUCGGCAGGGAGCUCCUCCCGGGAAAAUCCCCCGGCAGGCAGGUCCUCCGGCAUGUCCUCCCCAGGCAGCUCCUCCGGCAUGUCCCGGGGCACUCCCCCGGCAUGUCCCCGGGAGGCAGUCCUCCCAAGUCCCCGGCGGGGCUCCUCCGGCAGGGCUUCGGCAGGCAGCUCCUCCGGGAAAUCCUCGGCAGGGGCCCUCCGGCGUCCCGGGAGGCACUCCCCGGCAUGUCCCCGGCAGGCACCCCCCGGCAAAUCCUCGGGAGCAGCUCCCCCGGCAUAUCCCGGCAGGCAGCUCCUCCGGCAGUCCCCUUGCCCACCAGCCCCUUGGGCGGGCAUCCCCCGCGAACCCCCGUCUUCGGGGGGUGUCUAUCCCCACCAGUUUCUUCUCCUGCGCGUCCUCGGGAGGCAUUUCUCCCGGCGUCCCCGGGGGCAGUUUUCCUGCGCGUCCUGGGCAGGCAGUUCCCCUGGCCCUCCUGGGCAGGUUCCCCCCGCGACGGGUCCUUUGGGGAGACGGGAAGCGUCCAGGUCGACUCCGGUCAUCGCUCUUUGGCCAGCUUUUUACUCCCGGGCUUGAGUUUCCCGGCGACGUGCUCCCCGCGUAAGGAGGCCAACAAAGGGCCCAAAAACGAGGACCCAGUUCCCCCAUAG